CUCAAAUCAGUCAGGUAUCAACUCAACAUCGUGCGAUAGUGAAGCUACUAUCACGUGAGACCAGGUUUCUUCUUCAGUCAUGCGGUUUCUCCGCAUCGUGCACGUCACCAGCAUCAUCGCCUUGCUACCUUUGAUCGUCAAUGGGAUACUUCGGGAUUCGUUUCGAUCUCGAGUUGGGUGGAAUAGUAUCCAGAUCAGCAGGGAACAUGUCAGAGAGGAUGAAUCACCAUCAAAAUCGGACGUAGAUGCGCUCUCAAUCACUAUCGUCGACCUCCUCAGCUCGAGCACGCAACAUUCUACCCUCCUUCAUCUGCUGCAACGAUGCAAGCUCGUGCCUUCUGUUAAUCUGAUGCAAGGUCUCACCUUGUUCGCUCCUACCGAUCAGGCGUGGGAUGCCUGGGCCAAGUUGAUGCAACUCGAUGAACAGAAGGGAACAGGUGCCCAAGAGGAUCUCGCGAGAUUGAUACUCGGUUGGCGAAUGUCGCGGCAAACGAGUGAUUACGUCGACAUCGACGAUGGCUUCGCGGACAACAUCAUGUUCGACACUCGCCAACUCUUGCUCUAUCACAUGCUCAACUACACUCUUCCGCUCCAACAAUCUCUGACAGACGUAGACCCAUCAUAUCCGGCCAGUCGCGGUUUGCCGAGGUGGAUCGCUCGGGAUAGCAAUAUCUCUACCGAGACAACCCUCCUUUUCCCUUCACGCCAUCAUCAUCCUCCCGGCAACCUUCCACCCGCUCAUCCGCCUUGGGCCCCAGAAGGAGGAACAGGUACACUUGGAGGUCAUUCUCAACAGAUCAGGCUGUUGUUCGAUCAGUCAGGGCCCAGUAGCGUUGGGGUGGAUGUGACUGGUCGAGGUGGGGCCGGGGUAUGGACCAACUGGGAAGGAAACACGACCGAUAAACAUCCUCGACCAGUAGCAGGUGACAGGUAUCGAUUCGGGAGUAAUGGGAUCGUAGUUGGAAUCGACCGGGUCUUAGAUCCGCCUGUCGACCUAGAAAACCAGAUCAAAGCUGACUCGGACCUCUCCUCCUUCAUGGAUCUUAUACGCACGACUCCGAUCGCUUUACCCGCGAGCGAUAUUCGACCGGAACCAUGGAAUCUCAGCCGAGCGGAACACAUCACGAUCUUCGCUCCAACGAAUGCGGCAUUUGAUAGGUUCGAUGAACUUGAGAGGCGUUACCUUUGGAGCGAAUUUGGGGUCGAGGCGAGGAAGAAGAUUCUGGAGGGUCAUUUGCUGGUGGAUACCACUUCGAGCCAUACAUCGUCCAGGAGCCAGCAUGCCGUUGAUGUUAUAAACAAGGAGAUGAGAUUGCCUUCGGUCGGGUGGCGGAGUGCCUUCCUCAGCAAAGAUUCUCGCGAAGUUCUCACUAUAGACAACUCGACCCUCAACAUAUCGGUCGAUCACAACACGGGCGACAUGUUGGUCAACGGCACAAAGAUCUUGAACCCGGACGGUUUCGCUUCGAACGGCGUCGUACACCGUACUGAAUCUCUGAUUCUCCCUCCUGAUUACAAACUCCUCAAUUCGCCGGAAAAGGUCAUGCUCUCGCUCAACGCGAGCAGGUUCGUCAGCUUGUUGAGGCGGACCGGUCUGGCCGAAAAUUAUACGGAUACCAAGGGGAAUAUGGGAGAGGGGAGGACCUUUUUGGUGCCCACGGACGAUGUUCUUGAAUCGAAUCCGGGUUGGAUGCAAUCGAGCGCUGACUUCUUACGAGGGGAAGAACAAGAACAAGGAGCGAGGCUCGCGGAGACUCUCAAGUAUCAUAUCUUGCCCGGUCGGAUCGCCCCGAAAGACCUUCGAGACGGCGAUCUCUUGAUCACUGAGCUUGAGCUAGGAACUAGGAAGCCGAGUGAAGGCGAUACUGAGCAAAAACAACGUUUGCGAGUGCAUGUGGACUCUGAGAAGCAUGAGGACGGGAUGGACGAGAAGGUUACUCCGUCCGACAUUCGGUUCGGAGGCGCUUCGGUCAUCGCUAAGCCCUUCUAUGCCGAUAACUAUAUUAUCUACCUCAUCUCCGCUUUGAACGAACCUCCAGAGGAUGUCAUCCAGACCGCCGUCUCCAACCUUGAACUUUCGACAUUCGUGGCUUCCCUGUUCGCAGCGGGUCUAGAUAAGCUCGUUCGCAGAAAGAGCGGGGUGACCUACUUUGCUCCGACCAACCAAGCGUUCAAAGAUCUGGGUCUCGUCAGCCGUCAUCUUCUCGGGAGUGAGGGAAAGGAUGAUCUGAGAAAGAUCCUGAAAUAUCACGCUCUCGACGAGCUCGUCUAUGGGGCAGAUAUGCAGGACGGUAUCACGACCUUUAGGACCCUGACUGGUGAAGCUAUCCUCGUGGACAAGAACCAUACUGAUAUGAACGCCAACCGGACAUACGAUACCAUCCGAGGUCUUGCAAGGAAUAUUUCCGGCUUGGAGAUCCUCACGAACGGGAUGCGGCCCAGUGAAAUUCUUGAUACCGAUCUCCUGUCGGCGACGGGCCCCGUUCACAUCGUGAACGGCGUCCAGAUUCCACCUCGUCUCAACAUCACGCACGGAAAGCUACUACAGGGCGCAGGCUGUUCGACCUUGAUCGACCUGUUGACGAGAAGCGGGAUGGACUGGCUCUUGACUGGUGCCAGUCCUCCCUCCUCUUCUGACGUGCCGGACUCAGACGCUCAGGACGUCCGACCCCUCAAGCGGCCUUUCACCAUCCUGGCCCCGUCGGACGAAGCGUUUUCUCGGAUCAACUUGACGUAUUACCUCAACAACGACGCUGCGCUGCUUUCACUGUUGAGUUUACACAUUAUCACCUCGGGACAAGGGCAAGAUGGUGGCGUCUUUGCCGAGUCUGCCAAAACCAGGCCCUCAUACCCCGUCAUGCUACGGGACGAGAGUAUAUUUUCGACCUUGCACUCUGUGCAGCGUUUCGGAGAUGUGAUCUUCCGAAACGACGGUCAUGGAUCAUGGGUGGUCGGAAUCAAUGCCGCUCGAGGUGUAGAUCAGCAGGCCAAUGCAGCCCGAGUUGUCGAGGCUGGAAGAGCGUCGCCGAUCUGGUUGACAGCAGAAGAUGAUGACGAUGGACAACUAACCUUGAUUAUGGACGAGACCGGGACCGUCUGGAGGGACGGGCAGAGUCUCGGUGGCGGGGUUAUCACUAUCGACAGGGUUUUGAUACCUUACGAGCCAGGCUGGUUCGCUGACUGGGGCUACCUGGCCUGCAUCCUCGGAUUGGCUGGACUCGUUCUCCUGGGCCUGGCUGGAUAUGUAGCGUUCGGGCGGAGAGAAACCCGAGGCAGGAUCAGGUUGGAAGGGGAGGCCGACGAAGAAGAGGAAGACGCGACCGCUCGUGAGAUCGAUCGAGAACGAAACGACCAGUGACGACAAUAGCUAUGGCUACCACUUCCCCACGGACUGUGUAACUGCAUUACAAUCAUUAUAGAACCCUUAGAGCGAUAUUUGUAUAUCCAUUAGAACAAUUGUACCCCGAGAUCCCUUUCAGAGUAGCG